AUAUAAAACCCUCACCCUCCCACAAUUAUCUCCAUUCAACAAUGGCGGAACAAGCACCAUCAGAUUUGCCCUACGAAGAAUUCGAACCUUUCUGCCAAUGGAAAAGGCUCGAAGACUGCGAUGUUCUUCAGGUUCAUCUCGCAGCAUUCAAGAAGGAAGAAUUGAGGGUUCGGAUCAAGAACAACUCCGUCCUUACAGUUUCCGGCGAGCGCCUAGCAGCCAAAGACGGGAAGAAGAUCCGAUUCAACAGAGAAAUCAAACUCCCAAAGGAUACAUUUCCUGGCAAAAUCUGUGCCAAAUUUGACGACUCUGUUCUUUCGAUUACGAUACCUAAGAAAGCCUCACCAAAAACAGACGCCUCGGAGACGAAACUAACAGCCUCCAUUGAUAAUGCUUGCCCUAGAAACUUCAUAUCCGGAGUAAAAUCUUCAUUAGCAAGGUUGAAAUUUAGCAAGGAAUCGGCUGUGGCUAUGGCGGUUGCGGGACUCAUGCUGGCCUCGGGAGCUUACUACUUGAUAGAAAACGCUGCGGAUUGAUUUCUGUAAUUCCUGUUAUUACUUUUUAAGCUAAAUUAAUAAAUUAAUAAAUUAAUAAA